GAAGAGUUGAUCACAACAUAGGGUUUGUUGUGAUUGUUGUGAACACUUGUAUUGAGUACUCGUUUAUAGCGAACCACUAUUUGAGUCAACAAUCAGUGAAUAAUUGCGUAAUUCUUCGUAUCGUUGACUCAUUGGUUGGUUUAAACUCGUUGUCUGUUAUCUGGGAUGCGAUGGACUGUCGGUGUCAUGAAGUGAGUGAUCGAUAGCGGCGUUGACUCCGUGUGUGACCACUGGUUGCCGACAGCGGCCGUCGUGUGGUAACUCUGACCGGCAAUCGAUGGACAAACUGACACUGAUAUCGACGGCACUGUUCCUGACGGCCGACAUUCUGGCCAUCGUUUCGCUAAUACUUCCCGAUUGGAUAGUGUCUGAAGUGGGCGGAGACACCCGUUUCGGUCUUCUGCGGUCAUGUCUGGCCAUUUACGGCAGAGACAGCCAUUGCUUUACACCCAAACUGCACACCGAGUGGACACUCGCUCUCAUCUGCAUAGUCGGCGGCUGUGUUUGCGUCACCACAACUGUCGUACUCUUCGUGAUCUCCAAUUGGAACCAAUCGGUGAUAUCAUCUGCGCGUUGGUUCGGCUUCGCGGCGAUGGUUCAGUACUGCUUGGCUGCAGUCAUCUUCCCGAUGGGCUUCACUGUGGACGCCAUCGGCGGUCAGCCCUAUCAACUGCCGAGUUCUCAUCAGGUCGGCAUUUCUUACAUAUUCUUCGUCCUCUCGCUUUGGAUUACAGUAAUAUCUGAAUUAUUUGCGGGCAAAGUAUGUAUGCCUCACUUCUAGACCACUAAUCCCACCAUCGCUUACAACUCAUCCUAUCAUUCAUAUGAUUGCAGCAAAUGUUCAAAAGUUUUAUUUAAAAUUAACUCAAAUAAUU